GUGUGGCUACUCUUUCCUCUUUUUUUCCCAAAUGUGGUAACCUCUCUUUCUCUCUCACUGACACACUCACACACAGCCAAUAAAUCCUCUCUUUACUUUGAAAACUGAUAACCCAAAAAACCAAACCAGAAGUCCCUCAAAACCCUAGAGACCCUUGAGUUUCUUGUCUUUUCAUUUUAUUUCAAGAACCCACAUGAAAAAUUCUCGAUUUAUUUUCUUUAGAAAACCCUAAUUCUUCCAAAAAUUUGAUUUUUUUUUCUUUUUUGGUUUUGUUUUUUGGGGGAAUAUGGAUUCGUCGCCGGUGAUAUUGGAUAUAAGCUCCGACGAAGAGCAGGGUUCAUCGGCGGAGACCAAAUCCAGCGACCAAAACUUAGAUUGGCUGUCGGCGCUAUUUGGAAAUUUGAACUCCGAUGAUGAUACGGAGGCUGACGACGACGUCGUGGUGGUCAGAGAGGUGGUCAACGAGAACCAACGCAAGUCAAGGAAAUCGACGGUGGUGAUGAAGGAUGUGGAUGACGAUUGCGUCGUACUGGAUUGUGACCCGAAUAAUCCGGUCGCCGAGGUUAACGAUGAUAAGGAUAAUUCUGGGUCUGAUGACUUGCUUAUAGUUGCAGAGAAAGGGCAGAUUGCAUGCAGAGACUAUCCUCAUCCACGUCAUCUUUGUGCUAAAUAUCCUUUCAGUUCCACAUCCCAUGAUAAGCACUGUGACCAGUGCCACUGUUAUGUUUGCGAAUGUAGCGCGCCAUGUCCAUUUUGGGAUUCAGGUUCAGUCAUCUUGAACCACCAUUGUCAUGCCACCGAUAAGGAGGAGAGAUGGAAAACUUUUAGGAAGCAACUCAAGCCGAUAAAAAAUACUACAUUUUCAGCUGUAAAGUGUUCUAAUCCUACUCUCUCUGUGCCACUUGCUCGAUGUAAUCAAGCUCAAUCACUCAACAUUUUUCGGUUGUCACCCAACUCCAAGCCUCCAAAUCAUGUCGCCAGAUCAAGUUUAAUCCUUCCUUGCUCCACCUCGAAUAAUUAUACCGUGCCAAAUAUCAUAAGUCAAGGGAAGAGCCAACAGUCAGCACCUAUUUUGGCAAAAAACAGAGUCCAUCCGCAUGUGAUUUCACAGCAGUUUGUUGGUGUACGUCAUAGUGUCACCCAACGGGACCGUGGUAGUGUUGGGAAUUUGGGUCCAAGAAUUCCCCCUUCCAAUACAAUGUUUAAGAAGACAGGAAGUGUUAAGCCCAGUUCUGUGUAUGUUUCGUCAAACAACAAUAGCUGUAUCCAGGCAGCACAACAUACCAGAAAUGCUACUUCAACAGCAUUGUCAAACGAGAUAAAUCCCAAUAGGUGGCAGAAUUUUAGGUCUAGUGUAAAUCUGGAGUCAUUUAGGCCUCAGGACUGUUCUCAGCCCAACUUGGGCUUCCCUGGAAAUAUCAUACCUUCCCAACCUCAAAUAUAUAAUCAGUCUAUUGCUCAAUCAAAUGAUGGCCAGAAUUUUUGUCUUCCUGGGUAUCAAAGCCAAAAACCUAGCGAAGAUAUUUAUCAGAAUGGGAAUUGUCUAAAUGACGGGCAAAAUAUCAGUCAGCAUGGGAAUCAAAGUUUCAGUACCACAGAUCCAGGUUCUUUAGAUUUUAAUUUCAGUUGGCCUAACAAUUCUGUUCAAAGCAAUCUACAACCUCCAAUUGGAAAUCUCCAUGUUCAAAGUGGAGGAUAUACAUGUGAGUCAUUAUCUGUAGAGGAUUCUAAUUCCCAGUUUAUGGGUAGUGCUCAGUUCAGUGAAGACAGUCUACCUGAGUUGUUUGGAUGUGCAACUCCCUGUCCAAGCGAUCAAGUACUUGCAGUCGAAAAUUCUGAACUUCAAAGUACUGGGCCUAUGCAUGAAGCAUCCCAUAUUAAGGAGUCUAAUUGUGAGCUUGCUGACUUUGAUCUUGACAACUGGUUUUUGGAAAACCAGUCAGUUCCCAUGGUUUCAGGUGGUUCCAUGCCAUCUGAAACAAAUAUCUUUUCUCCUGUGACUUCUUCCAUUGAUCCAGGAAUGCUUCUGUUUGAUUUUGAAACCUCCUGGAAUGGUCUUGCACAUGUGUAGCAAUUAUAACCAAUUGUGCUUCUUGGAAAGAGGCAAAAGCAAGUGAACACAGCUUGUGUUCUGCAAAUAGUAGAAGAUGAUCUCUGUUUUGGAGGCUGGGUUUAAAGUUUAUCAGAGUUCUAGUGGUGUACAGUCUUUUUAACUGAAGUGUACAAAGGUGCCCUGUAGGUUAAAUGAUGCCUGUACAUGCUGGUAGGCUUUUUUAGGGGAAAAAAAAAAUAUUUUAUAUCUAUUAAUCUCACAUGUUAAAUUAUUUCAUACCUGCGUAUUCUUUCCUCUUGUGACCUUGAUGGAUGACUGGUUCAAAUUUCAGAAUCUUAGAUCCUUUUCAGUUGUUGAAUUUGUUAACUGCAGAGGUUUUUGCCUGUAGUUGUGGGUAGUUGGUUUGAUUUUCUUGAUACAGGAAGUGAAUGAAUUGGUGUUAAACUGGGAAAUCAGUUUUUACUCAACAGGUUAAAGCUAGCUUUGUGUACAGUACAGCUAUCACCAGCAUAGAGUAGAUUAUUGUGUUCUGCUGUAUGUAAAUACUAGCUGGUGAGCAAGAGAGAUUGGAUUUUGAUGCACCUUGAAUGCUUGUAAUUUAUUAUUAUUAUUAUUAAUAUUAUUUCUGAAUGCAUGCUGAUUAAAA